GGGAUGGAAAGGCAGUUGAUGCUUAUUGGCUGUUGAGCCGCUGCGUGUCAGCGGGGUAUAUUUCCGUUUUGAUAGCAGCAGGGCGGAAGUAGCAGGAUGUUGGGGGAUUUGCUGUUGUUCGGGACUCUGUUGGUCAAUGCCGGAGCAGUGUUAAAUUUCAGGCUGAAGAAGAAAGAGAAUCAGAGCUUUGGUGAAGAAGGAAGAGAACCAACAACAGGUGAUAAUAUCAGGGAGUUUCUGUUGAGCUUAAGAUACUUUCGGAUCUUCAUCGCACUGUGGAAUAUUUUCAUGAUGUUUUGCAUGAUUGUGUUGUUUGGAUCUUAAACAACUUUGACUGAACUGACAACAAGACACUUUAACCUUCGGCAAUUUGCAGAUGACUUCCAACUGGAAAUAUAAAAUACUCCUAAGUAAAAGAUUUGACAUCAUUUUAGUAUUGAGUUCUGGCAUAUUUUUACUACAAAUAUUAAAGGAACAGUCCCCAUUCCCUCUUUUCCCCUGUUCUUGUUUUUUUCCCUAGUUUUUGUUUAUUUUGUUAUUUGGUUAAUGAACAAAUGAACUUUCAGCCCUGUGAAGGGUUAUGCUUGUAGGCAUGACACCCAUGGAGAACAGAGCUUUUAUGUGAAGAUAUGAAGAAAUGUAAGAAGAAAUGUAUGUUGAAACUUCAACACAAGUACAAAAACGGCAUUGCAGUGCAUGCUUUAUCAGUUGUUGGAUUUAUAUUUAGCCUUUAACCCCACUAAAAGAAAAAAUAGUUUUUAGAUAGGAGAACAUGAUAAAACAAUUUUGUUUUUAGUAUAAAUGAGAAAAAAAGCUUUAGUACCCUUUGCCUUAAAGCAGUGUUUCUCAAUCUUAGCAAAUUUAAAGCAGGUGGACUUCAAGCAAGGCUGGAUAAGAAUUCUGGGAAUUCAAAUCCCUGCAAGUUCACAACAAGCAUUACUGGGGAAUUUGGGGAUUUAAAGUCCAUCCAUCUUGCCAAGGCUGAGAAACAUUGCUUUAAAGCAGGGGUGUCAAACUGGAUGCAUCACACACAGGCCAUGCCCACCCCAGCUCCACAAAGGGGAAAAAAACGUAUGUCAUGUGACCGCAAUGUGAUGCUAUCAAUUUGACACCCAUGCUUUAAAGUAACACUAUGCAGGUAGUCCUUCACUUAUUAUCACAAUUGGGCCCCAAAUUUCCAUUGCUAAGCAAGACAAGUUAUGAAGUAUGUUUUGCUCCAUUUUACAACCUUUCCAGUUAUUACAUGAAUUGCUACAGUUGUGAGUAACACGGUGGGUGAAGUGAAUCUGGUUCCCCAUUGACUAUGCUUGUCAGAAGGUCACAAAAGGUGAUCGCAUGACCCUGUGACACUUCAGCCGUCAUAAAUGCAUGCCAGUUGCCAAGUGUCCGAAUUUUGGACAUGUGACCACAGGGAUACUGCAAUGGUCAUAAGUGUGAGAAAAACCAUAAGUCACCUUUUUCAGUGCCAUUGUAAUUUUGAAUGGUCACUAAAUGAAUGGUUGUAAGUCAAGGACUACCUAUAUAGUAUUUAAGAAUCUGUAUUCCACUCUUUGCUGACCAGAAAACAAUUUAUGCUAAGUAUUCCUGAUCAGGAAAGAGUGAUGCAGAAAAUAAGUUGAUGCCCAAAAGAAGUUUGAGUGGAAAGUUGUGAACUGUUUAAGAUCUGUUGUAUGACUCUGCCAAAGGAGAAUAGCUGAUUAUAUACCUUAUUCUUGUAAUAGUUAAUUGGAGUAGACCCAAGUGAUUAACCAGCACAAAUAUCUGAGGGGAUGUCAAUAUCUAAAGCAGUUUGGUCUAUAAUGCUUAAAAUGGGAGGAUAUCCCUGGGAGGUGAAUCUGUGAAAUCAUCUUAGUGUUGAAUGUCUGAAGAUCUUAUUGUGUGUAUGAAGAGAUUGAACACCUGGGCUUAAAAGUUCUAGCGAAAUAAACAUAAUUAUAUACUUUC